CCUUUAUCUUUUCCGCCAUUGCCAUGCCAUUGCUUUUGGUGGCAUUUUGGCACUCAUUGGCGGCUGGCUGUCUUUGUUCGUUUGUAAUUGGCAUUCUUAAUUUUAAAAUUCUACGCAACUAUCGUUAAAUUAAACAAUUAAUCGACAAUGGAUGAUGACUGGGAUGAUGCUGGAGAUGCGGGAGUACAAACCAACAGCUACUCAACCGUUGAUGAAGGACACAGUCUUUCCAGGGGAAGAGGAUUCCAGUCAUUCAAUGAUGAUGAAUUCGAAGAUAAGGGCAGUAAUGGGUUUGGCGAAAGGCGCGGGCGCGGCGGACGAGGGGGCGGCCGCGGGAGGGGUGGGCGCGGAGGUCGCGGCGGUGGACCCGGUAGAGAACAUCGGGAUUACGAAAACGGUGACGGUGAAGAUAGGCGGGAUCGAGGUGAGCGAGGGCGCGGUCGUGGACGCGGGGGCCGCGGUGGAGGCCGAGGUGGCGGCAGCCCCAACGGGGACGGACCUUCUCCUGAAAUAGGUGAAGACGGAGAACCCAAGAAGGCCCCAGUAACAUAUGUACCACCGGAGCCAACUGAGGAUGAACAGGAAAUCUUCAGCAGCACUAUUAGCUCUGGCAUCAACUUCGACAAGUUUGAUUGCAUUGCUGUUAAAGUCAGUGGUGAAAACCCACCUCGUGCUAUCGACAGCUUCGAGACUGCCAACCUGCGGAAAUAUGUGCUGGACAACAUAUUGAAGGCAGGCUACAGGAAGCCGACGCCUAUUCAGAAACACGCCAUCCCCAUCAUUAUGGGCGGCCGAGAUCUCAUGGGUUGUGCCCAGACUGGCUCUGGCAAGACGGCCGCCUUUCUUCUGCCAAUUAUCAAUACUCUCUUGCAAGAUGCUCGAGAACUUAUUGUUGGACCAAAUGGAUGUGCUCAACCACAGGUUGUUAUUGUAUCACCUACUCGUGAACUGACAUUACAAAUAUUCAAUGAAGCAAGAAAGUUUUCAUAUGGAUCCGUUUUGAAGAUAGCCGUCGCUUACGGAGGGACAGCUGUGCGCCAUCAAGGCGAUAAUAUUUCUAGAGGGUGCCAUAUCUUAGUAGCAACGCCGGGUCGUCUCCAUGACUUCGUAGACCGCAAUCGCGUGUCUUUCGACAGCAUCCGAUUUGUGGUGCUCGACGAGGCGGACCGCAUGCUCGAUAUGGGCUUCAUACCAAGUGUCGAGAAAAUGAUGGACCAUCCCACCAUGGUGCCACUUACGGAACGACAAACGCUGAUGUUUUCGGCAACAUUCCCUGAAGACAUCCAACACUUAGCCGGAAAGUUCCUGAACAAUUACUUGUUCGUCGCCGUCGGUAUCGUAGGAGGCGCUAGCACAGACGUCGAACAAAUAUUCCAUCAAGUUUCCAAGUACGAAAAACAAACUACACUGAAGAAUUUAAUUGCAGAGAAUGAGCGCAAGCGCAUCUUAGUAUUCGUGGAGACGAAGCGCAAUGCGGACUACAUCGCGGCCAUGUUGUCUGAGCAACAAAUGUUGACGUCAUCGAUUCACGGAGACCGCAUGCAACGUGAACGUGAAGAGGCUCUCGAUAACUUCAAGAGUGGAAGACAUUGUAUUCUUGUUGCCACUGCUGUAGCCGCUAGAGGAUUAGAUAUAAAGAACGUCGACAUAGUCGUCAACUAUGAUCUGCCAAAGAGUAUAGACGAGUACGUGCACAGAAUCGGUAGAACCGGUCGCGUGGGCAACAGAGGCAUGGCAGUAUCUUUCUAUGAUGCUGAUAAAGACAUUGCACUGUUAGCCGAUUUGGCGAAGAUCCUGAAACAAGCUGACCAACCUGUGCCUGACUUCCUGCAAGGAGGCGGCACUGCCACAUAUAAGGGCAACAAAUACGGUGGCAGCGACAUUCGAGACUUCAAUAAUGCUUCGGCUGCAGUUGAGCAAGGUGCUGAGCCCGAGGAGGAGUGGUAAAGGACUCAAUGUUACUAUCACUAACUCACCAAUUACUCAAGUGAAUGUUAGUUUGUUUUUUUUUUCGUGCAACUGGUGGUGCGUGUGUAAAGAACAGUGGUGCUUAUGCGACUCCAUUAAAACUUCCAAGUGAAUGGUUUAAACUUUAACCGAAUUUGUUCCCUGUGUUAGGAAUAGAAACUCUUCUUAAUUUAGAGAGCCUCAUCAUUAUAAGACUGUAUACUAUUUGACAAGUAUUUUAGAUGUAUGAAUAAUUUUAAGUUUGCCUUGAUAUGUAACUUAACAUUGCAUAAGUUCCAUUGCUAUUAACACAUUCAUUCAUCAUCUUGUUGUACUUAUAUUACUAUUCUUCAUUUCAUAUGGUUAUCAUAUAGCGUUUAAGUUUGUUUUCAUUAUUUUUUUUAGAUAUUUAGUACUUGUUUUUGUUUAUUGUGUACUGCUUCCAUACCUAAGUUUAGGUAGCUACCAAGUUUCGAAAAUAUUAUGAACAAAAUUACCCUCAAAGUGGCAAAUCUGUGAUGUUAUUAUGUAAAGUUGCUCACUUUAAAAUUUUAAAUAUAGUUUACAAUUUGCAUAGUUAUAUCUUAAUAUAGGUCUACUUUCUGUUGGUGUAACUUUGAGAUUGAAACUUGCAAAUAAUUUGUAAUUGGAGAUAUUGAAAAAUGGAGUAACUUCUAGAAUCUCAUGUUGACGUACAAAGGCGUAAGAAAUACUUAACUAUAGUCCGCGUGGAACUAGUUGGCCGCGCCUUAGUAUGUGAGAUGUAGGGCGGAGGCCAGGGCACUUGCCGUCAUUACUCAGUUAGUCGCAGUACUUCGUGACGGCAACUUGCGUUGACAGUUCCGGCUAGUUGAUACAAAAAGCACAUGAGAAUGCAAUAGCGAGAAGAGUUCGCCGGUAAAAAGAAAAUCGAAGGAAAUAAUACUUAAAGUGCAUGCGUUUUCUUAAAAAACGGAAAGUCGAUGUGAAUGCUGAACACAAACAAUUUCAUAUGUCAUUAAAAUAUGUCUUUGUUUUUGGUUUAUUUUACUAUCAAUAACACUGAUUAGAUAGGUAUAGUAAAAACUACUAAGAGUUUAAUAAUUGUUCUUUAUUUGUUAUUUUCAUUUAUUGAACGCGAUAUCUCGAGAUUGGUCAUCAUUGUCUAUUCUCAUGUGCAUUGCGUGCAGUAAGCAGUCCUCCCCUCACCCCUGUCGCCACCUAAGGCGCGACCAACUAGUUCCGCACAGACUAAAAAUCAUUGUAAAGCACAGAGUGUUUGACAACCUAUUUUUGCCUAAAAACUUAUUUUCUGUACAAAGACGGAACUAAAAAUUUUUAGAAAGAUAAACUUUAUAAUCUGUGAUGAUUAUUAUUAUAAGUAGAAUAGGUUCACACUUCAUCAUUCAAUGCCAUAAUAAACAUUUCAGUUCAAACAUAAAAAACAGGUAAAUUGAAUUUCUGACAAUUGUAUUUCAUACCUGGUACUUUCUGCCACAUUUAACAUAAUUACAUAAGUUGUGUGCAAGGGAAGUACUACUCAUUAGUUGUAAGACGUUAAUAAUAAAAAAAGCAAUAAGGA